CGGGGCUUGAGGGGGCGGGGCCGUGUCGGAAGUCAAAGGUCGGUAAAUAGUGGUGAUGUCAGGCAGGCAAGAUGGCGGAAGGGGAGGACGUGGGAUGGUGGCGGAGCUGGCUGCAGCAGAGCUACCAGGCAGUCAAAGAGAAGUCCUCCGAAGCUUUGGAGUUCAUGAAGCGGGACCUGACGGAGUUUACCCAGGUGGUACAGCACGACACAGCAUGUACCAUCGCAGCCACAGCCAGCGUGGUCAAGGAGAAGCUGACUACCGAAGGCUCCUCAGGGGCGACAGAAAAAAUGAAGAAGGGAUUGUCGGACUUCCUUGGGGUGAUCUCAGACACCUUUGCCCCCUCGCCGGACAAAACCAUCGACUGUGAUGUAAUCACCCUCAUGGGCACACCCUCUGGCACGGCUGAGCCCUAUGAUGGCACCAAGGCUCGCCUUUAUAGCCUGCAGUCAGACCCAGCAACGUACUGCAACGAACCUGAUGGGCCCCUGGAAUUGUUUGACACCUGGCUUUCCGAGUUCUGCUUGGAGGAGAAGAAGGGGGAGAUCUCAGAGCUUCUUGUAGACAGCCCCUCCAUCCGGGCCCUCUACACCAAGAUGGUUCCAGCAGCUGUUUCCCAUUCAGAAUUCUGGCAUCGGUAUUUCUAUAAGGUCCAUCAGCUAGAACAGGAGCAGGCCCGGAGAGAUGCCCUGAAGCAGCGGGCAGAACAGAGCCUCUCUGAAGAACCUGGCUGGGAGGAGGAAGAAGAGGAACUCGUGGGCAUUUCACCCACGUCUCCAAAGGAGGUGAAGGUUCCUGUGACCAAAACUUCCACAUCCUCUGAGAAGGAGACUCACCCCUGUGAAGAGACUCCAGUGCCUGCAGUUGAGCCCCCAGCAGAGGUGACUCCUUCAGAGAGCAGCGAGAGCAUCUCCCUUGUGACGCAGAUUGCCAACCUUGCCACCGUACUUGAGGUGCCAGUGCUGCCCAAAAACCUGUCUCAAAAGCUGCUGGAGGCAUCUUUGGAAGAACAGGGCCUGGCCGUGGAUGAAGGCGAGACUGGACCUCCAGCCCCAGUUCCCUCCAAGUCCCUAACCCCUGCUGGCCGCCCUAGCGGCCCAGAGCCCAGGCCUCUGGCCAGAGUAGAGACUCUGAGGGAGGAGGUGCCCACAGACUUAAGGGUGUUUGAGCUGAACUCGGACAGUGGGAAGUCUACACCCUCCAACAAUGGCAAGAAAGGCUCAAGCACGGACAUCAGUGAGGACUGGGAGAAGGACUUUGACUUGGACAUGACCGAAGAAGAAGUACAAAUGGCCCUUUCCAAAGUGGACGCCUCUGGUGAGCUGGAAGAUGUGGAGUGGGAGGACUGGGAGUAAGGGGAGCCAAGGUGAGCAGCUCCCCCACCACGAUACCUCCCACCUCCCUGGCUCAUCUCAGCCCAGUCCAGGAUGACACUGAGAAUGUCCCCCAAAUGGCCUCUGCCAUCCCAAGCUCUGGGCACAGUUUCUGGUGACUCCCUGCUGGCCCUUUGGCCUCUGCUCACACCUGGGAAGGGGCUCUCUAAAUCCAAGUCCAGAACUCUGACUUGUGCCAACCUUAGGAUAAUCUAUGGGGAUGACACGCCCUCACCGACAGCCUACAUUUCUCCACUGAACCCCCACUGCUCUUGGGGACUCUUGCUGCAAAGUCCCAGGGACAAAUCUGGCCCUUCUGCGUGCAGACAGAAGUUUAACCACCAGUCUCUUCAAGGAAGCAGAGACAAUACAUUGUCCACUCCUAAGCAGGCAAGGACGCCGUGCCACCUGCCCUUGGCUAAACAGGGUGGGCAAGCAUAAUUUGAUUCCUAUUCCAGUGUGUAAGAGGCACUCAUUUCUGGGAAAUUUGCCUCUCUUGGGAAUCUCCCCCUUCUACCAUAUUCCACUCCUGGAAAGGCUCCUCGGGGUUCAGAAUCUAGAGACCAAGCCAGAACUCACCUCCUUCCUUCUCUUCUGCCCACAUGGGGAUGCCCCCACAGUUUCCAGGGCUUCUUCAUGUCAGAUGCACCCAAGUCCUUAGCCCAGCUGUGCCACUGUAAGGGUCCACUCUUGCAAUUCUUUCUCCCCAAGAGGGGACGAGGCCACUUCAGGCCCUCCUGUGCAUUGCCUGGCAGAAUACCUGGUCCAAGCGCUACCCACCUCAACUCCCCUGUAGCUUAGGGCGCAAGGCAGCUCCCAGCAGUAUGGAGCAGUGAGCAAAGGCAACCACUUAUAGCCUGGAAAGGCCAGCUUCUCUGCCUCUCCCCUCUGCUUCAGAGGGGACGUGCUGGGGAAACGCCCUGGCACUUGGCAGGCUUCUGCAAAGGCUCCCUUCCUAGAGACAGAGCCAGUCUGUGGCUCUCACCCUGCACUCUGGUGAAGCUGCACCUCUCUUGGGGCAGUGAGGGUCACAGAGAUUCCUGGAGACCCUGGUGCUUCGCAGUGCUGCUCUGCUGAUUCUUGUACAUAGCAGCUGUGUCCACAGUGACUAAGAGGGAUGGUGGUCAGGGACACCGAAGAGUGGUGGGCACUCCCGGUUCAGACCGUCAGUGAGGGGUAGGAUGGAGAGAAUGCUGAGUCUCUUUCUGAUGGGACGGGGUUUUUCUCUUUGUAAUUAUUUCUUUAGUUUAAUUAACCUUUUGGUUGUUUGUGCAAUAUUAUAUAUUUUAAAUUAUAAUGCAUCUCCCCAGAGUAUUUUGUAGCCGGGAAAAGAAAAUAGGAAAAAAAAAAAUCAAAGAAAAAAAAAAUUCUAACAGCUGUUAGUUUUGUAAUUAAAAAGGAGAGAAAAAAGAACUUUGUCCUGAACCUUUUGCAGACUUGGCGUUAACAUUAAAGAGAUCCAACAGAA